AUGGAGCGGCUGCGAGCGCUGGAGCUGUACAGCGGCAUCGGGGGGAUGCACCAGGCGCUGCAAGCAAGUGGUGUACCUGCAGAAGUUGUUGUAGCGGUCGAUGUGAAUACAGUGGCAAAUGAAGUUUACAAGCACAAUUUUCCCACCACCCUGCUGUGGUCCAAGACAAUUGAGGGCAUAUCACUGAACGAGUUUGACAGAUUAUCAUGUGAUAUGAUUUUGAUGAGCCCCCCUUGUCAACCUUUUACAAGAAUUGGCCGACAGGGUGAUACUUCUGAUCCCAGGACUCGAAGUUUCCUCUAUAUUCUUGAUAUUCUUCCAAGGCUUACAAGACUACCAAAAUAUGUACUCUUAGAAAACGUCAAAGGCUUUGAAACAUCUACAGCCAGAGAUGAACUCAUACAAACAUUGGGAAAGUGUGGAUUUACAUAUCAAGAAUUUCUCUUGUCUCCAACUUGUCUUGGCAUUCCAAACUCCAGGCUGCGGUACUUCUUGAUUGCGCGGCCUCAGUCAGAACCCUUUGCCUUUCAAGCACUGGAUAAGAUACUGACUGUUUUCCCAAGCUUGGAGCCAGUGACUUCAGAGAUAUCCAGAGAUGCUACCGGGCUGGAAGAAGGCAGCUCCCAAGUCUCAACAAAAGGGGCAGCCUCUAGUUCCAAAGAUAACAGGCAGCAGUACCGGCGGAAGGAGAACUUCCUCUUUAAGCUUGAAACAGCUGAAGAACUAGAAAGGAAGCAGGAAAGGGACAAGGAUGUCUCUGUGCAAAUGUUAAAAGAUUUCCUCCAGGAAGAUGGAGAAGGACUGUGUCAAUAUUUCCUACCCCCAAAGUCCUUAUUGCGUUACGCUUUCCUUCUAGACAUUGUGACGCCCACUUGCAGGAGAUCGACAUGCUUCACAAAAGGGUAUGGGCACUAUGUAGAAGGAACUGGCUCAGUGUUGCAGACAGCAGAGGAUAUUCAGCUUGAAUCAGUAUUUAAAUCCUUUGAGGCUUUGUCUGAAGAAGAGAAGCUUAUGAAGCUGUCAGCCCUUAAACUGCGGUACUUUACUCCAAGGGAAAUAGCAAAUCUUCAUGGGUUUCCUCCUCAAUUUGAUUUUCCUGGCAAAGUAACCAUGAAACAAUGUUACCGUCUGCUGGGAAACAGUCUCAACGUACACGUGGUUGCAAAAUUAAUCUCAAUUUUGGUUGGAUGACCUUGAAAUGCAG